AUGGGUAAACCGCGCGGAGCUCGCUCGCUGGCUGAUCAGCUUGCUGAUUUCGAAGACCCCACUCCUAAAGACUUUGAUCCCGAAGACAUUGACAAUGGUGCGCAAUCAAGCGACGAAGAAAGUGGAGAUGACGAUGAAGUAAACACGGGACGGGAGCAUUACGAGAAAGUCGGAAAAGCAAAACUCCGCAACGAUGAUCCCGUGAACCUGGGGAAACAGUAUGAUGGCGCCCGCGUCAGCCGAGAUGCCUUGGGCGCGGACAGCGACGAUGAUCCUUUCGCUGCGCGUGACGACGACGAAAGCUCUGUGAGCGGGUCGGAACAGGAGGAAGAAGAUGAAGGCUCAGACGCAGUCUCCGGGUUCGACUCCGACGAUUCCGCCAUUGAUGAGAAUGCACUGGCUCAGGAGGACUCCGACGAGGACGAAGAGGGCGAAGAAGACGACGAGAGCGAGGAGUCCGACGAGGAUCUGCCACGGAAGAAAUCCAACAAGAAGUCUCCAGCUGUCAAACAUGGCGAGGCUUCCGGAGAUCGUGACGAGAUUCGAAGACUAAUGGCGACGGAUCAGAAAACCAUUGCUGCGACCAUCUCCUCCGCGGCCAAGGCCGAUGCCACCAAGGGAAAAGCUGUUAAGCAACAACGUACCACUUUCGAUGCCCUUCUGAACGCCCGUAUAAAGCUGCAGAGCGGAUUGACGUCUGUGAAUGGUAUUCACGCUGUCUUGGGGGCGAACAACGAGGGAGAGAAUGCGGCCGAUCAGGAAGAGGUCGAUGAAGAAGCAAUCAAGUCCGCUGAGACGGCAGCAAUGGCCUUAUGGUCUACUCUUGAGGAAUUGCGCACUGCCCUAGCGGACGCUACUGCGAAAGAAGGAAGCAAAAAGCGCAAGCGACCUUCCCCUGUCUCUCCCACUACCCCUACUGCCUCCCUGUGGGAGCGUAUGAAUGAAGUGGAAUCCGAAUCCCUUCCUCACCGUCGUUCCAUUCUCGACAAGUGGUCCUCCAAGGUUCGGGGCAGUUCCGCCGCCCUCCCUAACAACAGGGGUAAAUUGCUCGGAUCCGCCAGUCGCCAACAAACCAUCACAGCCGUCCUAGACGCCCAGGUCGCAUCGGAAGUCGGUGAACGACCCUCCAAGCGCUCACGCGCCGACCAGCCCGACUCCUUCUUCGACGACAGCCUGUUCUACCAGUCCCUUCUUCGCGAUCUGGUCGAGCAGCGCAUGGCUGGAUCCGACGGCGCAAGCAGUGGCUUUGACAACCUCCACCAAUUGCCCACCCGUCUGCCCAUCCACCCGGUGACUGGAAUGCGCAACGACAAGGUGAAGCGAGAUAUUGAUACCCGUGCGUCCAAGGGCCGCAAGAUGAAGUACACCGUGCAUGAGAAACUGCAGAACUUCAUGGCCCCCGAAGACCGUGGGUCGUGGAGCAUGCGCGCACGCGACGAACUCUUCGCCUCCUUGCUUGGCCGAUCUGCCAGUGGUCUCCUGGGCGAAGGGGAUGACAGUGGCAGUGACGAGGAGGAUGUCGAUCGCGAAGAAGGCGGCCUGAGACUCUUCCGCAGCUAG